CCUAGUAACAACAGGUCGGUUGCAUAUGUGUUUGUAUUCUUGCUGUGUAUUCUGUUCCUUUCUUUCCUGCUCAGCCGUCGCUCAGCACAAAACCCUUUUUACUGACUGAAGUUUUGACUGGCUGGCUGGUUAAUUUAGCAAAAGGGAUGGUGAAGCUGCUUUGUGUGUGUGUGUGUGUGUGAAAGGGAUGUUGGGCAUGAGUAGGAAGGAGCCAGCAAAGGGUUGGCUGAGCUGUAGAGGAGAUGUAGAGGAAAGCAUAAAUCAAAAGGUACACAGUUGCGCGUACACACACACACAAUCCAAUCCAAACGCGACUGCUCACUCUAGCGCCCGUGGUGACCCGCUUUAUAGAUGUGUGUGAUUGCACGGCAACGCGCACAACCGUGUGUGCGUGUGUUUUAUAAUGCGCCGUGUGCGUCUAAACACAGUGCCGUUCAAUUUUUAUAGCAAAUGAGCCGUGAUCAUCGAAUUGGGGAGAGAAAAAAGCGAGCAAAACGAACACAUACACACACACAGCUUGAUUGAGCAAAGAGAGCGGCAUGUGUUGGUGUUACUUGUUUCUUGCGUUUGUGGGCUGAUUGGUUUUUCUGCGGGGGGGUUGAACAAACGAGGUGGAGGGCAGAAGUAGACAGAGAAAAAAAAGGCCAGGAGUGGUAAAACCGGUUAAGCGUGCGCAAGACUUCUCUUCCCCCUCUUUGUCCGCUUCUUCUUCUCUUUCUACUACCGUCGUUCUCGUUCGCUCUCGUCCUACCCACGAUUGGAGAGUGGCUUUUGGGGGUAUUAUGAAAUCUCGAUCCGCAGCGGUGUAUGCGACGGGGCUGCGCAGAACGAACACACGAUCCUCCGUUCACUGAGUGCUUUUUUUUUUAUUUAAUUUUACAUCUGUUCCCACUCACUCACUCGCUCGCCCGCUCGCUCGCUCGUUUCGUGUGUUUCGUUUUCGCGCGACGGCUGAUCGAAUAAUCCGGCAACGACAAUCAACCAGAAGAGAACGUUGGAAACACACACAGCAAAGGCAGGAGCGAACGCUACGAAAAACGAAACACGCAAAAACAAACAAACCAACAAACAAGAAAGGAGGAAAACACUAUCGUCACUCAAUCUACUUCCAAGCAGCUUCUAUCAACCUGAUUAGUGGCUUCCGAUCAAAAUAGUCGAAGCAUUAGAGGAGGAAACGAAAGCAAAAGAAACACACACAAAAUAUUUAAAACGCAUCAUCACGAGUGUACGUGUGUUGGGUGUUGCGAGUAGCGAAAUAGAAAAGUGCCCCUGGUCAAAAAAAGGAAGCAAAACGUGUCCUGGAGGUGUUCGUCCGUUCGCACACGAUUAUCAUUUUUUGAGUGCGUGCUCGCGUGUGCGUGUGUUUCAACUUAAACUGGCGCUUUUGACAGGAGUGCAAAAAAAAUAGAUCUCAAGCGGAAAAGUUAAUGAUACAAACAAACAAUACGACAGCAACAAACAAAAUUAAACUCUCCGUGUGCCCCCUUGCUUGGUGCGUGUGUAUGCGUGUGUGCGUACGGUGUCAUCGAGAUAAGCCAGAGUGUGUGUGUGUGUGAUUAGUGUGUGAGCGCUGGCUCCUAACGCGGGACGCACCUGACGCAGUGUGUGUGUUUUUGUUGCGUUUACGGGGGAGUUUUUCCUUCCUUUCUUUCUUUCUGCCGUCCUCACCACUUCGGUCUCUGCACGUGUUGUGUGUUUACAGCUGAUAAGCACCCCGGGGUAGUGUAACCCACACGCACGUUUUUGUCAGGAAGUGUGUGUGUGUGUGGUUGUGUAUGUGGCAAAAGGAAAGGCAGACAAAAAAGGAAGAAAAAACACGCACACAGCACCGCCGAAGAGUGUGGAAAAACUGCAAGCAAGCAACCAAGUGCGGCCAGCGUGCAAGGUCAAGAAAAACACAGACCUGGUGUGUGUGUGUGUGUGUGUCUGUGUGCCGGUCCCAGAUUCAGCGGCAAGAGUAUUUAGCGUAAAACCCCCCAUACCCCCGCUUCGCGCCACAUCCACUUUCGGGGCAGAAUAAAUGUUAAUUUUUGGAGCCCAGUAUUUCAGCAUGAGGUGUGUUUGCGUAUGUGUCUAGUGAAGGAGUGAGCGGGUUUUUUGUUGUUGCUGUUAGCAUCUCUCUAGCACCCAACUUGCGCCCCGAUUCGAUUGGCCCGCGUUGGCCCAGUUUGGUGUGCCGGCCCGCGUACAAGAGUGCUACAAUUCAAAAGAAUAGUGUUUACUAGGCGUGUGAGUGUGUGUGUGUGUGGUAAGGUGAAAAGGAAACGGGGAGGGGAAAACGGGCAGCCGUAUCGACUCUGACGCGCGGCCAUCACACAGCGCCGAUUGCAUGAAGAUUGAACACGAAGCGGACGAUUGUAAGCUGCUCCAGUAUAAGCGACAACUUUACCUAGACAGUGGACUGGGAGCCAGCACCAUUACGGCAAGGUGGACACAGAUGGGUCCCGGACCAACGGCCGGUUCGUUGGUCCCGGACGAUACCAACGGUUCCGGCGUGGACGGCGGCAAGCAUUUGGACGUCGGCGACAUGAGCGAUGACGACGAACAGGAUCUGUCGUCGGCGGAUGCCGAGGGCGUUUGGAGUCCGGACAUCGAACAGAGCUUCCAGGAGGCGCUAGCCAUCUAUCCACCGUGCGGUCGCCGAAAAAUCAUCCUCUCCGAGGAGGGCAAAAUGUAUGGUCGCAAUGAACUGAUCGCUCGCUACAUCAAACUACGCACCGGCAAGACGAGAACCCGGAAGCAGGUCAGCUCGCAUAUACAAGUAUUAGCCAGACGGAAGCUGCGCGAGUUCCAGGCCAAGAUGAAAGUGCAAUUCUGGCAGCCGGGCCUGCAGCCGAGCACCUCCCAGGACGUGAAACCGUUCGCCCAGCCCGGCUACCCGAUGAAGACGGCGACCGCCGUCUCGGAAGGCGCCCUGCAGCCCGCCCACCCGUGGGAGGGGCGCGCAAUCGCGACGCACAAGUUCCGCCUGGUCGAGUACAGCGCCUAUCUGGAGCUGCGUGCCGAAGAAACGUAUCACAAGCACCUGUUCGUGCACAUAGCGGACACGCCCGCCAACCCGCUGCUGGAGUCGGUGGAGGUGAAGGAGAUCUACGACAAGUUCCCGCAAAAGUCCGGCGGGCUCAAGGAGCUGUACGAGAAGGGUCCGAGCAAUGCGUUCUUCCUGGUGAAGUUUUGGGCGGACCUGAACACGAACAUCGCGAACGAUGCGGGCGCGUUCUACGGCGUCAGCAGUCACUACGAGAGCAACGACAACAUGGUGAUCACCUGCUCGACCAAGGUGUGCUCUUUCGGCAAGCAGGUGGUGGAGAAGGUGGAAACGGAAUACUCCCGCAUCGAGAACGGUCGCUACGUGUACCGGAUCAGCCGGUCGCCAAUGUGCGACUACAUGAUCAACUUCAUCAACAAGCUGAAGCACCUUCCCGAGAAGUACAUGAUGAACAGCGUGCUGGAGAACUUCACCAUCCUGCAGGUUAUAUCCAACAAAGACACGGACGAGACGCUCCUGUGCGUGGCGUUCGUGUUCGAGGUGUCGACCUCCGAGCACGGUGCGCAGCACCAUAUCUAUCGCCUGGUGAAGGAAUAG